UCUCCUCCAACCACUGUGUAAUGUAAAAACUAAAAAGCACUAAAAUCACAGCUUCUUCUAGAUCUCAAUCAUCUUCCACAAAAAUGGCGACGAUUCCAAUGGAUAUCGUCAACGACAUCUUCCUCCGAUUACCAGCAAAAACCUUAGUUCGUUGUCGUACUCUCUCAAAGCCAUGCUAUCAUCUAAUCAACGAUCCCGAUUUCAUCGAAUCUCAUCUUCAUCGCGUUCUUCAAUCUGGUGAUCAUCUCAUGAUUCUUCUCAGAGGAGCUCUUCGUCUCUACACAGUAGAUCUCGAUUCACUUGAUUCUGUCUCCGACGUCGAGCAUCCGAUGAAACGUGGUGGUCCCACUGAAGUUUUCGGAUCCAGUAACGGUUUAAUCGGGUUAUCGAAUUCUCCAACUGAUUUAGCGGUUUUUAAUCCGUCUACUCGACAGAUUCAUCGAUUACCUCCUUCGUCUAUCGAUCUUCCUGAUGGUUCGAGUACUCGUGGUUACGUGUUUUACGGAUUUGGUUAUGAUUCUGUUAGUGAUGAUUAUAAAGUUGUGAGGAUGGUUCAGUUUAAGAUAGAUUCAGAUGAUGAGCUUGGUUGUAGUUUUCCUUAUGAGGUUAAAGUGUUUAGUUUAAAGAAGAAUUCAUGGAAAAGAGUCGAAUCGGUUUCGACGUCGUCGAUUCGGCUUUUGUUUUACUUUUAUUAUCAUCUCUUGUAUCGUCGUGGUUAUGGUGUUCUUGCUGGUAAUAGUCUUCAUUGGGUUUUACCUCGAAGACCUGGUUUGAUUGCGUUUAAUCUCAUUGUGAGGUUUGAUCUUGCCUUGGAAGAGUUUGGGAUUGUGAGGUUUCCGGAAACUGUUGCUAAUGGUAAUGUCGAUAUUCAGAUGGAUAUCAGUGUUUUAGAUGGUUGUCUUUGUUUGAUGUGUAACUACGAUCAGGAGUAUGUUGAUGUUUGGAUGAUGAAAGAAUACAAUGUGAGAAGUUCUUGGACUAAGGUGUUUACGGUUCAGAAACCGAAAAGUGUGAAAUCGUUUGCGUAUAUGAGACCUUUGGUUUAUUCUAAGGACAAGGAUAAGGUUCUUUUGGAGCUUAACAAUACAAAGCUAGUGUGGUUUGAUGUAGUGAGUAAGAAGAUGAGUACUCUUAGGAUUAAGGAUUGUCCUAGCUCGUAUAGUGCGGAAGUCGUUGUGAGUAGCCUUGUUUUGGGGUGUAAAGGAGAUCUUGAAAACAUUAAGUAUCGGAAAGAACAAGAAGCUAAAGAAGCUAGAGAAGCUAAAAUGAUGCAGAACACUAAAAGGAGGGAUGAUUUCCUGUCCAAGGGAUUCAAGCUGGUCUUAUAAGCAAAAAAACAAGAGACAAGAGCUAAAGCUAGAGAAGGUAAGUGUAAAAGUUGAACGUUGUUAAUGGUGUUUAGUUUGCUGCUACAUUCUUAUUGUCUUUCAUUGUUUUCUGUCUCUGCUCUGUUUUGUCGCUGACGAGCAUUUUUCAUAUUCGAGUGGGCACAAGAGUGAAAGACACAGUAUGUCAUAGGUAUUGAUUGCUUAGAAGUUAGAACAUUCCCUAGAAAAUGUUAUGGAGUCAUUAUUAGGACAAUUACUUUAGCAUAUGACCAUAUUCAAGUGUUUUUUCACAUCAAUCUUUAUGAGAAUUGUCGAUCUGCAAAACUAUCAUCGGGGUUUGAUUUUUCAGGGCGGAAAUACGGGGAGGGGAGAAAUGGCUUCGACCAAAAAAGCUUUGAAUACCACAGAAGAUAGUACUAAUAACCCAAGUAUAUGUACUUAAAGAAGAGAGGAUACUUCAUAUACAAAAGUGUUGUUGGUUUGUAAAUAAGUCUUUUGAAGCUUGAUAUAUAACUUAAUACUACUAACGCUUUGUACUUGCUUUUUAAGUUUCUGCAUAAAUUGAGAGGUGUUAAUUAGAUUAAAAAUUGUUAUAUUUUA